GAAGAUAGAUAGAUAGAUAGAUAUCUAUAUAUAUAUUAGAGAGAUAUUUUUUCCUCACAUAUAUAUCGCUCCACUUGCUUGCUUUCUCUCUAUCUAGCUAGCCUCCGAUCGCGAAAUUAGGGUUUCUGCAUUCCUCUUCUGUUCUUCCCUUUUGAUUUAUCAUUGGUGUUUCAAGUUAGGCUGAGGAAAAGUAUGAUUGGAAACUUAUUUGGGGGUUUGAUUUGAUGGUGACGAAAAGUUACACACGAAUUUUCUAAAACGAGUACAUUUUCAAGGAUUCGAGUAAAUCUGGUUCAAGAGGUGUGGGGUAAUUUGCAAUAAUCCUUAGAAAGGAGGAAAAAGCAAAUUGACAUUUUUGGUAUUGUUUGACUAUGCCAACUUCAUGGGCUGAUUCAGUUGCAGCUGAGAAUUCGGCUGCUGGUGGUGCUGUUGGUUCUGCAAAUAAUGGGGGUGUGGGAAGUAAUUCUGGUUCAGGCAGGUCAGCAUAUGUGCCACCCCAUUUGAGGAAUAGGCCUGCUCCUUCAUCAACGCCAUCUGCUCCAGCUGCUUCUUAUGCUGGCUCUGUUUCUACAGCAAAUGAUCGUAUUGGGGGCCAAGUUGACUCUUUUCAAGGUGGAGGGAAUCGUUGGGGUGGUCCUAGGCUUGGUGGUGGUGGUAGCGGCAGCAGUGGUGCCAGUAUUGGUGGUCGUGGAGGUAGUGGUUGGAACACCAGAAGUGGUGGUUGGGGCCGUGGCAGGGAGCGGGAGGUCAACCCUUUUGGAGAUGAUGAUAGUACCGAAGAAAUGUUUCAACAGGAGAAUACAGGAAUUAAUUUUGAUGCGUAUGAAGAUAUUCCAGUGGAGACCAGUGGGGAAAACGUGCCUCCUCCUGUGAAUACUUUUGCAGAGAUUGAUUUGGGUGAUGCUUUGAAUCAAAAUAUUAGAAGGUGCAAAUAUGUGAAGCCUACACCUGUGCAGCGCUAUGCAAUUCCAAUCUCACUUGGGGGGAGAGAUUUGAUGGCUUGUGCACAAACUGGGUCAGGCAAGACUGCAGCUUUCUGCUUCCCCAUAAUUAGUGGUAUAAUGAGAGGGCAGCAUGGGCAGAGACCGCCACGUGUGCCACGUAUGGCAUUUCCUCUUGCUCUUAUUCUUUCUCCAACGAGGGAGCUCUCUUGCCAAAUCCAUGAUGAAGCUAAAAAAUUUGCAUAUCAAACUGGUGUGAGAGUGGUGGUUGCUUAUGGUGGUGCGCCUAUUAACCAACAGCUUCGAGAUCUUGAGAGAGGAGUGGAUAUACUUGUUGCAACUCCAGGACGGUUGGUGGAUUUAUUAGAAAGAGCAAGAGUCUCAUUACAAUUAAUUAGGUACUUAGCUCUGGAUGAGGCUGAUCGAAUGUUGGAUAUGGGUUUCGAACCUCAAAUAAGGAGAAUUGUGGAACAGAUGGACAUGCCUCCUCCUGGUGCAAGGCAGACAAUGCUUUUCAGUGCUACCUUUCCCAAAGAAAUACAGCGGCUGGCUGCAGAUUUCUUGUCCAGUUAUGUAUUUUUGGCUGUUGGAAGAGUUGGGUCAAGUACUGAUUUGAUUGUCCAGAGAGUUGAAUAUGUUCACGAGUCUGACAAGAGAAGCCAUCUUAUGGAUCUGCUUCAUGCGCAGAGGGCAAAUGGUGUUCAUGGCAAGCAAUCUCUUACAUUGGUUUUUGUGGAGACGAAAAAGGGAGCUGAUGCUCUGGAACAUUGGCUGUGUGUGAAUGGUUUCCCUGCUACUGCUAUUCAUGGUGACAGAACACAGCAGGAGCGAGAACAGGCCCUGAGGUCAUUUAAAAGUGGCAACACUCCAAUCUUGGUUGCAACAGACGUGGCUGCACGUGGUCUUGAUAUUCCCCAUGUUGCACAUGUAGUUAACUUCGAUCUUCCAAAUGACAUUGAUGAUUACGUACACCGCAUAGGACGAACAGGGAGAGCAGGGAAAACUGGGUUAGCCACUGCCUUCUUCAAUGAGAAUAAUACGUCUUUGGCCAGGUCAUUGUCCGAUCUGAUGCAGGAAGCAAAUCAAGAGGUACCUGCUUGGCUCUCGCGCUUUGCAGUUCGUUCUGCCCAUGGUAAAAGUCGCCGUGGGGGAGGUCGGUUUGGUAGUCGUGAUUUUAGGAGAGAAUCCUCUUUAACCAGAGGGGUAACAGACUACUAUGGUGGAGGCAACCUCAGCAGUGGCUAUGGUGCUCCUGGCGGGUAUGCUGGGUCAUAUGGCCCUGGAGUAACUAGUGCAUGGGACUGAAUAUCUCUGUUUUAUCCCUUAUGGUUGCUUGAAAUAUGCAUCUACAUUUAAGUUAGGAGACAUCAUCAGUCGAGUAUAUUUAUUUGGCUUUUACUUUGCUCUUCUUUAGUUAGUAUUGACCUUUUUCAGUUUGCACUCAAUCUGUUGACUCAUAUGGGUGGGGGUUCGUGUGCUACGGGCAUGGUGAACAUAGAUGCGUGACUGUUGCAGUUGAUGGUGAAUGACUACUAACAGAUUAGGUUUAAAUUGUACUCUUUCAUUUCUCCCUUUCAUUUUCCUGCUUCAUUGUUCGUGUUGAGUUGGAGUACAUUGGGGGAGGCCAGAGAUAUGCGGUUGCUUCGAGCUGCUUAAUACCUCUGAUGGGUAUAUUCUUUUCGACCUAAUUUGUUGGUUGUAAAAUUCUGCUGCACAAAUCCAAUCGGCCAAUGUGUGAGAAGGAGAAUUUUGUUCCAUUAAUGUUGUAAUAUGAUAAAUUUUAGUAUCAUUUUCUUUUGUAUACAUCAAGCUGAAUUUUCAUGUAUGGGAAGAAGAUGUUUUUAACA